CCGAGACUUACAUCCGCCUAGUGUGAGUCAAUACUGCAGAUGAGGCGAGGACAGGAAACACAGGCUGGAAAACGUUAGCUUGCACAUGACUUUGACAAAGCUUUUAGUCAACUUCUGAGAACUGAAAGUAGACUCUUGGCUAAUAGCGUUUCCUUCCUACUGAAGAUUAACCUCUCUGGAGGGCUUUAGGACUCAUCUUGACAGGAAUGCCUCUUGAUCACAGCUUGAAUAGAUUAGACGGAAGAUAAUUAAAUGCUCGAGUGAUUGGUCAGUUUUUUGACAAAAUUCAAAAAUAUCAUGGCGUGUUUUGCGGCCACACUUGGUGUCUUAAUUCUGAAGGGAUUCGUCAACCUCUCCGCAGCAAACAAGGACACAUGUGACCAAUAUGCUACAGUUGGACAGAGUCUAACACUGUCUUUAGACUAUAAGGGACUGGCAAACACUCAUUUGCUGAGAUGGACUCACAAUAACACGAUCAUUUUUUAUAAAGAGCAAGGCAAAGUGUCUGUUGGAAAGACAGAGGACAUUUCUGCAACCGGAUCUCUUUUGUUGAAGAACCUACAAUUCUCCAGUGCAGGGACUUACGAAGCAAAUGUGCUGCAUCCAAAUGGAACUUCAGCAAAAACAUGGAGUCGUCGUCUCUGUAUGAUGGACAAGGUAUCAAAACCUAAACUCACUUAUGUCUGUGACUUCAAGUCUAGUGCUGUUAUCCUAAAUUGCAAUGUAGCCAGACCUCAGGGUUUGGUGUUCUCAUGGACACUUGAUGAAAAGACAUUAACAAGCGAAACAAGACAAACAUUGAGCAUAUCACUGGCACAGUCUAAAGGGGAGAGGAGCUUCAUAUGUAGUGUUGCAAACAAAGUCAGCAGGGAGAGAAGUGACACUGUUUUUCCAACCUGUAAAAGUCCAUCACCAUCACCACCACCUUUGCUUUGUUUUUCAUCCAAAAUUGUUGUGGCAGUGGUAGCGGGAGGAGUAAGCCUGAUUCUGCUUUUUCUCAUCAUCAUCAUCAUAUUAUGUUGCUGCCACAGACGUAACAAAACCCAAAUGAGACUCAGGGAAAAACGGGAACUCAGAAUGCUUUCUCUAAACAAGCGAAAGGCUGACUCCAUCAGCCCAGAUUAUGAGACUAUGCACCCAACUGAGGACUCUCCGCCCCCGAGCCCCAAGCCUUCACCAAGAGCCUCUUACCAAAAUGUUUCCCAGCCUGAAGCUCAGAGUGGAAACAAGCCUCUACAGCUACCCACAGCUGCUGAGGGACAACAACCUUCACCUGUGCCAAAGCCAAGGACGAAGCCUCCCCAGAAAUCAAACAUCUGAAUGCGGCUCCCUCUCUCGCCAUCCCAGAAACUUUCAGGGCCUACGAGAAAAAGAAUUUGUGGCUUGAUAACAUGCAACGGAAACAAAAUGAAGAAAACACUUGAGUCCACAAUUCUCACCAACAUAUUUUUUUAAUCACUGUUAUGUGUAUACAGUGUAUUGACAAUAGAAACAUCUGUGUGUAGGAUCAAUGGACUGAAUCAUGAUGUGCUGUAGGCCUGGGAGGAAGAACUUGAGGCAGGAAAAUCUGUAUUUUCUUUGGAACUUUAAAUGUGAUGUCAUGGCUUACCUAUGUUGAAAUUUUUGAUUUUAAUGUUUUAAAGUUAGCCUUUAAGUUAAGUUAAGUCUGCCUGGUCGGGGUUAUGGGUUGGUAGGGAGUAUAAAGGAGGUGUUGUCCGGUUCCUGGUACACAUUAUGAUACAAUAAACUCUGUUGGGUGAAUUUCAAUAUGGAUGUAUGAUUCUAAUGUGUUAAUUAUAGUGACGUUAUCUGUUAGUUAUCUGUUUCAUGGUUUAUUCUAUAACUGCAGAGCUGAUGUGUUUCUCUGUUAGAAAUGAAUUCAUUUAAUUUUCAGACAAAAAAAAAAAAAGAUUUUUGUGUAAACUAGUUUUUGUAGUAGAUUAAAGUAUACGGCUGGUGAUAUUCUGUAUUCUUCCUAAAAUCAACAAAUCCCAAAACCAACAAAGCAUUUUUCUGUCUUACUUUCCAACUUCCUUAAGCCUGUCUGCGGCAGUCAGCCCCAACCUCCUAGGUUCCAACUGAAGACGUAAAUCCAUAAAAACAAGUCGCAGACAUAAACUUUAAUCUUUAAAAAAGGCCACAUAAUUGACUAAAACAGCAGGGAACUGUAGCAAAUGUCUCUCAAACAAGUGUAAAUUGUGUAUUUAUUGGGGACUAUUUUUAGCCACAGCAACUUUUGUUGCUUUAGUGACUAAUUCUGACUGCAGGACUGUGAAUGCGGGAUUGAUUUAAAAUAAACUGCAGUGUAUGUGUUAAUGGUAGUGAGGGAACAUGUCACAGAGUGGAAGAGUGUGGCUCAUUUAUGUGUUUAUAAUAGUUAGUAGUAUAAUAGUUUUUUGAACAACACUGGAACUCACAGCAGGAUAAUUUCUAUCAGCAUUUGGAUAAACAGGCAAUAUUUCUUAGGGGCAAUAAUUUAUUCCUGGUUUUGGCCUUUUCAUGGAAUUUGACAAUAAGAAAAAUAUAGAAUAUCACCAGAUUUAUCCUUUAACUUUGUUUUUGUAAAUAUUAAUUGGUAUGGUAUGGGAACUAUAGUAUCACAACAAAGACAAAAUGGAAAAAAAAUAUGAAAAAGUAAACAUUUCUUUACCUCUUCUGUCUGAGAUACUUUACAGAGUAAUCUUUCAAAAUUAACAGUUGGAUUUGUCUGCAUUAUAAUCACACUGUAUGUUUACAUAAAUGGUUGUAAUAAAUAAAGUU